AUGGCCGUCGUCGACGUCGUCCCGGUAGCCGCCCACCGCUCGGACGGCGGCGGCGCCACGCCUGCCUGCUUCCCGAUCUCGACCCUCCUCCCCGCGUCCGCCGCCAUCUGCAUCUGCAUCGCCGCAUCCGCGUACUACGUCUCCACGCUGCUGUCCUACUACGCCACGUUCGCCGUCUCCCUCGUCUGCUUCGCCCGCGCGGUAUGGCCACACCGCGUCGACGCCUACGCGCGGCAGACGGCGUCGCGCGCGCGCGCCGACCUGGAGGCCGACCUGCGGCGUCUGAGGGACGUCGCGGCGCGAGGAGCGCACCCCGCGACGACCGCGCCCGUGCACGCCGCGGCCGAAGCGUGCGCGCGCCUCGCCCGCGCCACCGUCGCCGGCUGGAGGAGGAAGUGGGACGAGCACAGGGACGCCGCGUGCGCGGCCAGGUUCGUGCUCCGCCUGGUCGCGCUCGUCGCCCGUCUCGCCGCGACCGUGCUGUUCGACGCGGCGUGCGAUGAAGCUAGGGCCUGGGCCCCGUCGGUGCUGGGAUACUUGAGACGCGUGGCCGAUGGGAUCAGGCCACCGUCGUCGUCGUCGUCGUGCAACAAGGGCGAGGACGACGAGGCGGCCGCCGGCUUUGUGUUGAAGGACAUCGUGUGUCUCGUCGGGACCGGGUUCUACCUCCUGUUCACCAUGCACCUGCUCUUCAGCUCCAGCGACGCCAGUGGGAUGCAGUUCUGUGCGGUGUGCUUCGCGGCGACGUGCGGCUUGACGAUGGUGAUUGCUGACUGGAUCGACCCGCCGGACGAUGAUGCCGACGAAACUGACACCACCGCCGCCACGGAUGACGACAGCCGCCCCGAGGGCGAUGCCGGCGGCGAGGCAAGCCGAGACGAGGAGCUCGAAGUGCGCCAGUCGUGGCGGUUCCUCUGGGUUCUGGUCCUCAUCACGCACUGCGUCGACGCGUACCUCCUCAACGUCACGCUCGGCCCGCAGCCUACAACACUCGCGAUCUUGGCCCUCUGCAACUUGGCGGUGCUCAAGGUUGGAAGGCAAGUCCAGCUGACGCCGGACGACGGGGAGGGAGCGGGAGCUGUCGACAAGUGGCGCCGCGGUGCCAUGGUGGUGUACGCGGCGUGCAGCGUCAAGGUCUUUGUCGUCUACCUCGUGCUCGACUGUUACCUGGCCGCGCUCGGCUUCUUCUGGCUUUUCGUCAUGGCGGACCUCCUGUUGGCUGAGGAGGACAACCUGCCGGACUUCGAUACCUCGGGUGAAGAUGGGGAGGAGCGUGCUGGCUUCGAAGGGGACAUCACCGGAGGCGAUGAGGAAGAGGUUGAUGAGGAGACCAGGGAAGAGCAUUCCGACACGAACUCAUCAGAGGAUGAGGAGGAAAGUUCUGCGCAUUGUGAUAGUUCAUCGUCAGAGGAUGAAGAGGAAAGUUCUGUGCAUUGUGACAGUUCAGAAGAGGAUGAGAUUGUUGAGGAGCAGCGACACGAAGGACCGGGUUACGGCAGCGGCGGCAGCACGGACGACAGCUGGGAUUUGGUAGACGUCGACGAUCCGGAGAUGCCGGCAAAAGCUAACUGCAGCGCCAAGCGGAGGAAGUCCAGGCUUAUCCCAUGGAAGCACACGCCGCGUGAUAUCCUGUUGACGCGUGGCUGA